AUGCCUUACUGUGAUCUCAGCACAACCCCAGCACAACCUCUACCUCCUGGUUUACGGUUCCUGGUACCGGACAUUCCUCAACGCGGUUACCUGAAGCAGGAUUCAGCAGGGUCAUUGGCGUGCUCCCUAAACCCGGUGUGCAGUGUGGCAAAUAGGGUAAGUUACUGUUAUUAUUAUUAUUAUGAUAAUUAUAGAGCACCGUCAAAUUCCGCAGCACUUUACAAUGGGUGGACGAACAGACAUGUAGUUGUAACCAGACAAGUUGGACACAAAGGAACAGAGGGAUUGAGGGCCUGCUCAAUGAGCUUACAUGCUAGAGGGAGUGGGGUAAAAUGACACAAAAAGGUAAGGAUAGUAUUAGACUAGUGACAGUUGCAGAAGAGGAAUCAGUCAGGAGCUAUUAAUAGUUUAAUUGAUAUGCUUUUAUGAAGAAGUGGGUUUUAACGAUUUUUUGAAGGAGUGCAGACUGAGUGAGCAUCUAACAGAGGAGGGAAGAGAGUUCCACAGGAAUGGUGCAGCCCUCGAGAAAUCUUGAAGGCGAGCAUCAGAGGUGGGAGUACGGACAGGAGAUAGACGUAAGUCUUCAGCAGAUCGUAAGGGCCUAGACGGGACAUACUUUUGUAUAAGGGAGGAUAGAUAGGUGGGAGCAGCAUUAUGUAGAGAUUUGAAAGCAAGAACCAGAAUUUUAAAUUGAGCUCUAUAUUUUAUAGGAAGCCAUUGUAGGGACUGACAGAAGGGUGAGACAUGGGAGGUGCGGGCAGACAGGAAGAUGAGCCUCGCCGCCGCAUUCAUUAUGGACUGUAACAGCGCUAGUUGGGAGCACGUAAGACCACUGAGAAGUGGAUUACAGUAGUCAAAGCAAGAAAGGACAGUGGAAUGGACCAACACCUUAGUCGCAUCUGGUGUUAAGUAGGGGCGGAUGCGCGCAAUGUUUUUGAGAUGGAAAUGACAGGAUUUGGCGAUAGAUUGAACAUGAGGCUUGAAGGAGAGGUCGGAGUCAAAGAGAACACCUAGGCAGUGUGCCUGUGAGGUGGAGCUGGUGGUAGAACCGUUGACCUGGAAGGAGACAGACACAGGAGUAACAACACUUGAGGGAGGAAAGACCAGAAUUUCAGUUUUGGUCAAGUUUAGUUUAAGGAAGUGGGCAGCCAUUCAGUUAGAAACAGCAGAGAGGUAGUCAGAGACACUAGUCAAGAGGGACAGGGAGAGAUCAGGAGAGGACAGAUAGAUUUGCGUGUCAUCUGUAUAGAAAUGAUAUUGGAAGCCAAAGGAGCUAAUGAGUUUACCAAGGGAGGCAUUAUAUAUGGAGAACAGUAGCGGACCAAGGACUGAACCUUGGGGGACACCAACAGAGAGGGGUUGGGGAGAAGAAGCAGAGCCAAAGAAAGAAACACUGAAAGAGCGCUGGGAGAGGUAGGAGGAGCACCAGGAGAGAGCAAUAUCUUGUAGACCGAUAUUGCGGAGGUUGAGAAGAAGCUGUUGAUGAUCAACAGUGUCAAAAGCCGCAGACAGGUCAAGGAGAAUUAGGAUAGAGUAGUGACCACAAGAUUUUGCAGCGAGUAGAUCAUUGGAUACUUUGGUCAGUGCCGUUUCCACAGAGUGCUUAGCACGGAAACCAGACUGAAGCGGGUCUAGCAGAGAGUUGGACUCGAGGAAGUCUGUCAAUCUCGCAUACAUGAUUUUUUCAAGGAUCUUGGAUGCAAAAGGCAGUAGCGAGAUAGGAUGAUAGUUGGAUGGGGAGUUAGGGUGAAGAUUGGGCUUCUUUAGAAUUGGGGUUACAGUUGCAUGUUUAAAGGGCAAUGGAAAUAUACCAGAGGAGAGAGAGAGAUUGAGAAUUUUAGUGAGAGGUGGAGAAAGAGAAGAAAACAGAGUACGGAUGAGAUGCGACGGAAUUGGAUCUAGGGAGCAGGUGGUGGGGCGGGAGGACUGGAGCAGAGCAGAAGUCCCUGUGUAACACCCUCAGCCUACCUGCACCCCCCCGGGCUGGUUUUUGAGCUCCUUGUCCCGUCUUCCUUUUAUUUUACUAACUUUUGUUUGUUUUAUCAUUUUUAUUUUCUGGUACCUAUCAGCUCCUGUGUAGGAGCCCCUCACUGGAGCUGGAUUCAUGACUUUUUGGGGGAAACCCUUAUUUUUACAAGGUGCUUUUGUGAAUUAUUACAUUUCUAUAACCAGUUUGACAUGUUUAUUUUUGCAUUAUGUGGAAAGGCUAAUUAGUGAUACUCUAGCCUGCUAAAUUGUAUCCGGCAGCUGUCAGGGAUUUUAUUUUUUGCUGGUUUACACUUAGCCACUUUGUAUUCAUUGCUUUGUGUGUUUUCUCGUUUUUACAUUUUUUUGUUUCUAAUAAAUAGGCACUAUAUGUGUUUUUAAAGGACCACUAUAGGCACCCAGACCACUUCAGCUUAAUGAAGUGGUCUGUGUGCCAGGUCCAGCUCGGUUUAACCCUUUUUUUUUAUAAACAUAGCAGUUUCAUAGAAACUGCUAUGUUUAUAAAUGGGUUAAUCCAGCCCUAGUGGCUCUCUCCUUGACAGCCGCUAGAGGGCUUCCGCGCUUCUCACUGUGAUUUUCACAGUGAGAAGAUGCCAGCGUCCAUAGGAAAGCAUUGUGAAUGCUUUCCUAUGGACCGGCUGAAUGCGCGAGCGCUUGCGCAUUCAGACGGUGACGGAAGAGGUGAGAGGACCCCGCCCGGCGCUGGAGAAAGAGGUAAGUUUAACCCCUUCCUCCCCCCAGAGCCCAGCGGGAGGGGGUCCCUGAGGGUGGGGGCACCCUCAGGGCACUCUUGUGCCAGAAAAACGAGUAUGUUUUCCUGGCACUAUAGUAGUCCUUUAAGCCAAAAAGAGUGUGUUUUCAUGUUUUGUCUGGCUACUUAGAGUUGUGGCUGAGAUUCUAGUUAACAUGUUCAUUGCUGAAGUGGUGGUAUUAUACUUAUACUUAUCUAGUUCUUUAUUAUUGGAGCGCUCACACUAUCUUAUUGUUGAUCUUUCAUCCUUAAUAGUCGCUCAUAUUAGUUGUGAAACAGCCCACUUUAUUUCCUAGUGAUAUUGUGUUAUUUGUAUAUAUUAUUUAUUAUCCUCCCCGUUUUUGAGCCGUUCUUGUGUAUUUAUAUCGCAUGUAAACUCACAAAGUUACAAAAAAGGCAUAAAAGUAUGUUUUUUAGCUUGGAGAUAAUUGAGUUGAUACAGUAAUUAACUCAAUUAUCUCCCAAGCAGAGGGGAGGAUUCUCAUUGUAAAAAGUGGGUGUGCUUAUCCAUGUGCCUUUAUUUUAUUGGUUGUUAAAUUUACAGUUCCACUGCCCCACAAGGUCCACGUGGGUGGGAACCUUGCUGGGAAAGUUGUAUAUAAGCAGGAAUAAACGCUCAUUGGAGUCAGUUCUCGUUGUUGAAAGGGAAUUUGCAGCUUAAUCGCUAGCUCUUUUCAGAGCUCUGCCUCUCUAUUGCUCCAGGGAUCCAGCGGAGGGGACUUCACUUCUCCACUACAGCCCAGCAUCUUACCUGGAGGAAGGACGUCGCCAAUGGCAGAUACCUCUCUCUACCCUGGAUACAGCGCUGAAUGUAUGUAUGACUGCACUGACUGCUCGUUGUUUAGCAAACAUGCCGCCACUCACAGCAGGGCACGUGGGGCAUGGGAGAAAAAUAUAAAUUAUUUUUUAACUAUUUGAUCUGCUCGCUGUUUGUUCCAUUAACAGCCAAUUAGUCAAAAUUAGGAUUAUGUCCUUCAUAAAUGGCUAAAUCCAAAAUAUAAAUGAAAUAUAUAGAUAUCAAAUUCUAUAUUUAAACAAAUAUAAGCCUUUAAGGGCUUUAUUUAAAUUGAUCCAAACUGAUAAAAAGAUUUACUGGGAGUUGAUAAACUGCUAUAACGUAUCAACAGGAAUGUAAUUAAGGUCAUAGUACCCAGUUUACUUGUGAUGCUAUGUUGAACUACAAGGGCUUCUUACUCCAUCUCUUCUUUGCGUACAGUAAGGUACCACAGGAAUCUAUCGAGUUCUAUCGGGUACCAGAUGCGCAGACUCCUAGAUCUGUUAAAAUAUAUAUUGGGAGGGCAGAUAUUCAGUUGUGCAAUCCCCACCUUUUGAUUCUGAGCCUCACAUCCAGUCUGUUGUCAAAUCAUGCCAAUUCCACCUUAAAAACAUUGCCCACAUCCACCCCUUUCUUACACAAGAUGCUACUAAAGAGCUCUAGUAAUCUCUCCCAUGGACUGUUGUAACUAGUAGUAGGGGGUGGAGGGAGUGGGGGAGGGGUCAUAGCAAUCUGCAAAAUGGAGAUAGGACAGAAAGGAGCUUUAGCUCAGUAUAAGGGGGUGGAGGCGGGGGAAGGGCAAGCUCAGAACAGAGAAGGUAUGUAAUGUUGAUAAUUCACAAAAAGUACAGGUGACUCAGGAUAUUAAUGUAGGCUUACAAAUGCAAGGAGCCCAAAUAACAAAAUGGGGGAACUAGAGGCAGUAGCAUACACUAAACAAUAUGAUAUAAUAGGCAUAACUGAAACAUGGUGGGAUGAGACACAUGACUGGGCAGUUAACUUAAAUGAGUACAUGUUAUUUAGGAAGGAUAGGAAAAACAAGAAGGGUGGUGGGGUAUGUUUGUAUGUCAACCAUGAUUUAAAGCCAAAUCUUAAGCAAGUGGAAUGUGAUGAGGAGAAUGUGGAAGCUUUAUGGGUUAAUAUCUGCUUGGGGGAAAAGAAGGGAAACCAACUAUUGGUUGGAAUAUGUUAUAAACCACCUAAUGUUAAUAUUGACGAGGAACAACAGCUGUUUGAGCAAAUUGAGAAAGCUGCAAAUCUUGGUAACACUUUAAUUAUUGGAUAUUUUAAUUACCCGGACAUAAAUUGGGACAGAGGGACUAGUAGCUCAGCAAAGGGAAUUAGGUUUUUAAACUUGUUAAAUGACACCUUCAUGUCACAACUUGUACAAGCACCAACUAGAAUGGACGCUUGUCUGGACCUGGUUUUAACAAACAACAUUGAUCUUUUGACCAACAUUCAAGUAGGUGGGCACUUGGGAAAUAGUGAUCACAAUAUAGUGUUCUUUAAAAUAAACUCAAAAAACAGGGGGGCGUGGCCUGGCUACUCACGAGAAUGGACGCUUGAGAGAUCAGCUCCGACGGGGGUAAAUGAAAAAGCAGCGAUUAUAGCAGCACACCCGACAAAGUGACUCACAUAUGCCAGCAGAGGUGAGAUCUGCACCGACUAUGUCCCAACGCACGUCGAAAAAAGCAAAAAUCCGACCGGCGGAGCUGCAAAUAGCAGCACGCACACCGCCGCGAGGGAAGCCUCAAAAUGGCGCCGAAGGCCCUAACUCACCCACAGCCUACUCCGAACGGAGUGACAGCACUUCAAUAUCCCUAGAGCCCACCAUACCGGCCUCAGAGACAGCAAUGCAGAGAAUGAUGCAAGAGCUACAGAAUAAUUUACAGGCUGAAUUCUCCAAACUUGCCAGAGAUGUCCGCACAGAUAUUAAAGCAAUAUGCGAGCGUACCGCCCAGUUAGAAGAAAAGACGGAUUAAAUAAUAGCAGCACACAACAAUCUCGCCUCAGGAUACGAAUCCUUUGACGCAAGACUAAACGCACUGGCAGCAAAAGUAGCGGAUCACGAGGACCGUGAUAGGCGAAACAAUGUCCGCCUGCGCGGUAUCCCUGAAGAGGUUAAACCUACUGAGCUGCAUGAUUAUGCCACAGAACUAUUCAAAGCUUUAUGCCCUGGUCUUAAGGAGAACGAACUGCACCUAGAUAGAAUUCAUCGAUUACCGCGCCCUAAAUUUCUUGCUCCCACCGCUCCGCGAGAUGUACUGACGCGGGUUCACUACUUUACAACCAAAGACAAAAUUAUGAGAACGGCAAGGAACCCAAGCGCAUUGCCAGAAAAAUUCGCAGGUAUCCAGCUAUUUACAGAUCUGUCGGUGGCGACAUUGGCGAAGCGAAAGGAAUUCACUCCUUUUACAGCGGCUUUGCGAAACGCAGGGCUCCAAUAUAAAUGGGGAUAUCCCACCCGCCUAAUAAUAAGAGGAAAUGGAGUAGAGUACCAAGUCCACACGGAACAAGAAGGACUCCGUCUUCUCAAAGACUGGAAUCUCCCUAUGCCCACACCAGGCGGGCACACCGAGGAGGGGAAACACCGACAAUCUCCGAAGACGGUUACUAAAGACUGGCUUACGGUAUCCAAAUACAAGUGAAAGACACUUUCCCGUACAUUCAAGCACAGGAGAAUUGUACUCUUGUUCACACCGCCUGAUGAUACGUGAGCAUUUAUCACUGCUUAACGGCAGUUCUAACGCAUGAGAAAUGUAUUGCUUUAUUUAGUUGCUUUGUUUGUUUUUGUUGUGACCACUUAUAUUUUGUGGAGGCUGUAACAUUUGGUGGGAGAGUCGACUUAGAUAUUGGGACGAAGUGAUCCAGAGAUAGAAGGGUAAAACACACGCAUAUAAAUACCCUCCCCCCAGUUAGGCUCUAAAGGGCCACAAAACUAUACCAGACGGCAGACACCUCAGAUCUGCCACUCACAUUGUACAUAGUUGCCUUCGGGCGUUUCUCUCGAGGGAUCCAACAGUAACUUUGGACAUUUACGUCCGUUGAUUAAUGGUACAAACAAUGCAGGAUGCUCAAAUAUAUCGACCAUACCAGAUAUAUACACAGUGUAUACAAAAUUGCAUUAUUAAGUCACAGUGGGAGACCCACAUGGAAUCUAAUUUUGGGAAUCUCUCAGAACUAAGAGGGAAUGCAAGUGAUAAGAUUGCAUGGGCCAGCAUUUAUGGGUGGCUGUUACUCCACACUCUCCACCAAUAUUCCAAAAUAUGCUUAGCAAGCUAUGAGGACCGCCAAAGAUGACUCUGAAAAUAGUAUCACUAAACGCUAAAGGUCUUAAUUCCCCUCACAAAAGGAGACUUGCACUUGCUGAGGCUACUAAGCUUAAAGCCCAAAUUGCAUUUUUCCAAGAGACCCAUUUCCUAACCACUAAUAUGCCCAAAUUCACGUCGAAACAAUUCCCCUUAGGGUUCCAUGCAGGGUAUGCCAAAAAGAAAAGAGGCGUCUCUAUUUUAAUACACAAAGAUGUUACCUUUAAACUCUGCAAAAAUGUCAGGGACAAGGAAGGCAGGUUUCUUCUACUACAUUGCACUAUAAAUGAUGACCCAUUCACACUACUGAAUGUGUAUGGCCCACAUGAGAACCAAAAGGACUUUAUAUCCAAAAUUAUUUCCUUAGCCCGCAAAUUCCCUUGCAACAACUUGAUUAUUGGGGGACACACGAAUUUUAUACUUGACGGCACUGCUGACACGACCUCCACAUACACAGUAAAUCGCUCCACCUCACGAAAACGCGCCCACAUUACCCAACAAAUACGGCAGACGUUACAUGGAGCAGGCCUUCUAGACAUAUGGAGGAUACUACACCCAUCUGAAAAGGAUUUCACUUUUCAUUCGCAAGUUUACAAUUCAUACUCCAGAAUAGACAGAUUCCUAAUACCCACCGCUAUGACUCGUACGGUAUGCGACGUCCAGAUAGGGAUGAUAACGUGGUCGGACCAUGCACCUAUACUGCUCACACUACAGGAACACUUUCCGCAUAAGGGCCAGGGCACAUGGAGAAUCAACGAAACACUACUACGCGACCCACACAUAGUUAAAAGCAUUGAAGAAGACAUUCACACUUUCUUUGACAUCAAUAACAAAGGAGAAACCUCUGUUGACACAAAUUGGCAAGCACAUAAAGCAGCAAUCAGAGGGAGCCUGAUUAAACAUGCUAGCUGUAAAAACAAACAAAGAACUGCUAAAUAUACAGACCUCAUAAAACAAAUAACGGAGUUGACCCAUGCGAACAAAUUAAACCCUUCCCAAACGCAUUACGAGGCCCUUAGAACUUUGCAAACGCAACUAAAUGAUGCAGAGAUAGAGAAGACUAAUUACAUCUUACACAAACACCGACAUACAUUUUUUGCACAUGGUAACAAAUCUGGCGCUGCACUUGCAGCGAAGCUCAAGGAGCACCUACCAAACUCCAAAAUAGCCUAUCUACUGACAGCUGACAAACAAAAAAUUUUGCACCCGCAACAUAUAGUAGACGAAUUUGCAAAGUACUACAGUACUUUAUACAAUCUCAAAGAGGCAGAGGAUACACACGUCCCUACUCCCACCCAGAUCCAGGAUUUCCUAUCUAAAAUCAGUCUACCUACUCUCACAGACGAGGAAAUAGCACAGAUCACAAGCACAUUCACGGAAUCAGAGGUGGCUGCAGUGAUAAAUAAACUACCCACACAUAAAUCGCCGGGCCCUGACGGUUUUACAAACCUAUACUACCAAACAUUUGCAAAGGCACUACUCCCACAUAUGACACAGUUUAUAAACCACUGCUACACCAACGGUUUUAUGCCGAAAGAGAUGCUUCAGGCGCAUAUCUCCACAUUGCCGAAACCAGGCAAACCUGCAGACGUAUGCCCAAAUUUCCGACCCAUAUCCCUCCUGAACUGCGAUACUAAGAUUUAUGCAAAAUUGAUAGCAGAGAGACUGAAAGGAAUACUGACACGUAUUGUCCACAACGAUCAAUCAGGUUUUAUUAAACAGAGACAAGGGUCUGACAACACCAGGAAAAUACUAAAUAUUUUAGCCCAUAUGGAAACCCAUCACAUGGAAGGUCUUCUCCUAGCGCUGGACGCGGAGAAGGCCUUCGAUAGACUAAAUUGACACUACAUGGAACAGGUGCUGCUUAAGUAUGGUUUUCCAACGUCUUUUAUCAACGAGGUCAUGGCAUUAUACACACAACCUUCAGCCAGAGUAACAAAUGCGGGCUUCGUCUCGAAUCCAUUUACUAUCACAAAUGGGACGAGGCAGGGUUGCCCACUGUCACCCUUAUUGUUCGUACUAUCCCUCGAACCCUUAGCAUAUAUAAUCAGAAACCACGCUCAGAUCAGGGGUAUACGGGUGGGAACUGAAGAAUUUAAAUUGGCUAUGUUCGCUGACGACAUUUGUAUAACCCUGGCAGAUCCGGGCGACUCCCUGACCGGGCUUUUGGGUGUUCUCGAGGAAUAAAGUACGAUCUCAUACUAUAGACUCAACCAAGCGAAGACCCAGGCCCUACCAAUUAGGCUGCAGACAGGGACGGUACGAUCACUGAAGCACAAACACAAAUUCGAUUGGAGAACUACCCACAUAACGUAUUUAGGAGUGAAAAUAGCACCCACACUUAGGGGAAUUAGCACACUCAACUAUUCUUCGCUCCCACAAAUAUGCCGGCAAUCACUACACAAAUGGAAAGAUGUAUGGUUAUCCUGGCUCGGAAAGAUUAAUGCUGUAAAAAUGGUGAUCCUCCCCAAACUUUUAUAUGUGUUUAGGAUGCUCCCUCUUCCCCUGUCCGCCUCAAUAGGCAAACAACUACAACGUCUUAUAAACAACUAUACUUGGGAAAACAAGAAACCACGCCUCCCGAGCGCACUUCUACAAAUUCCAGUAAACCGAGGGGGGACAGGCCUCCCUAACAUAGCGCUUUACCACAAGGCUGCAAUACUGGAAGCGGCAAUCAAACUGCAUGCCCCCGCAAAUACGUUCCAAUGGGUGGACAUGGAGAAUAAUUAUUCUCCGUGCUCCUCACUGGUAGAUAUUCUGUGGACACCCAAACAUCUUAGGGACAAAAACACCUCAAUGUUCCCUACAUCUAGAAUCACACUCCAAAUAUGGGACCAUCUCCAUAAAAGAUAUGCGAACAUUACGAAAUUUUCCCCAUGGGCCCCGAUAACAACGCUCCACUCCAUCUCCCCAUGGCUAUCUUUACAUAAAUGGAAAGACAAGGGCAUCACACACAUCACUGAUAUAUAUCAAAACGGGACCAUUUUGCCCUUCCCUGAUAUUCAACUCAAAUAUGCCUCACCGUCUAACUACAUAUUCCCAUACCUCCAACUCAAAAGCAUAAUUAAAGAAAGGGUCCACAUCCCGACCCAACAUGCUCCCGCCCCUAACCUUGACCUUAUAGCUAUAAAUAAUAGGUGCCGGAAUGCACCAAUCAAAGCCAAAGCAUUAUCCCUUGGAUAUGCCGCCUUAGGACAACACCCCCUGCUGACGAAUUUCGCUUUUACGAUACAAUGGCAUAAAGAAGGACUCCCACAGCUCAAUACUGAGCAGUGGCUACGGUCACUUGGGGCACUCAAAGGCGUGACUUGUUACUCACACAUAGAGGCACAUAAGAAACUUGUGUAUCGGUGGUACCUCACACCCCACAAACUACAGAAAAUUUACCCAGCAACACCCAACACAUGCUGGCGAUGCUUUAAAGAGGUAGGGCAAUGAGGCAUGUCUGGUGGGAUUGCCCAAAUAUUUUACCACUGUGGACUGAAGUCCAAUGACUGGGCAACUCUCAAGGAAUUAUGAAGGGAACUCUAACACCCAACAUGAGUCUGUUCUUCCUGAUGCCUGCUCAAAUUCCUGCACAGGACAAACAACUACUGAUUAUAAUAACACUUGCUGCGCGCAACCUUAUCGCGUGCCACUGGAAACAACAGACAUGCCCAACGCCACAGCAAUUACUCCACAAGACACAACAGUAUCUGAGACAUGAACUGAUGAUUACUACGACACCCAGGCGUAGAGAUAUCACACACAAUAAUUGGCAAAGAUGGAGUAAAUACAUAACUGACAGUCCGCACCCAGGGUGACUUGUCAGGCACACAUAGGCUACCUUACGAACCGGGACGGCUUCAAACACGAUAUGACAUAAGAUGCACGACUGACUAAGACAAGCUGGAUGCACAUGUGUAUGCAUUAAUGAAAGCACAAAAUGUAAUGUUUAUAACAGACUGUAUGUAACUGAAUAUUGGUAACUACUACAUUGUAACUAUCUAUUCUAUGCUUGUGGAUACCCCUCUCCCCCCUUUUUUUCUUUCUGUACCCCCCACAUGGUUGUUUUGAAAACUCAAUAAAAUACGAAUUUGAAAAAAAAAAAAAAUAAACUCAAAAAACAAAAGCACAUGGGGUAUACUAAAACAUAUAAUUUUAAAAAGGCCAAUUUCAAUAAGUUAAGGGCAGCUUUACAAUAUAUUGACUGGCAUAAACUCUUUAGUGAAAACACUGAGGAUAAAUGGAACAUCUUCCAACAAAUAUUAGAAAAGUACAUUUCUCAAUAUGUACCAUUGGGUAAUAAAUAUAAAAGAAACAAAUUAAAACAAAUGUGGCUUAGUAGAGAAGCAAAAAAAGAAAUUAAAAAUAAGAAAAGAGCUUUUAAAGCAUUUAAAACGGACAAAUCAGAUGCAUCUUAUAAAAGAUAUAAGGAAGCCAAUAAUGCGUGCAAAAAGGCAAUUAGAUUCGCUAAACUUCAAAAUGAAAAAAUUAUAGCUAAUGAGAGCAAAACCAACCCAAAGCAUUUUUUAAAGUAGGUACACUAAAAACUGAAACGGGGGUGUUAAUUAAAGACCAGGAGAAGGCACGAAUUUUUAAUAACUAUUUCUACUCCGUAUAUAUUAAGGAAGAACCCAUGGCAAUAGAUGUGCAAAUGAUUGCUACUAAAAACUUGCAGAAUAAUUGUAAUUGGUUAACUCAAGACAGGGUGCUGCAGCAACUAAAGAAAGUUAAUAUAAACAAAGCUCCAGGGCCUGACAGUAUCCAUCCACAAGUACUUAAGGAACUAAGUGUAGAAAUAAGUGAACCUUUGUUUUUAAUCGUUCUAGAUUCUUUUCUUUCAGGAAGUAUUCCGGAGGAUUUGAGGAAGGCAGAUGUGGUUCCUAUAUUCAAAAGGGUUCAAAAUCCUUGCCUGGAAAUUAUAGACCUGUGAGCUUAACUUCUGUGGCUGGGAAAAUAUUGAAAGGUUAUUAAGGGAUAAUAUUCAAGAAUUCCUUGAGACAAACAUGGUUAUCAGCAAAAAUCAGCAUAGUUUUAUGAAGCACAGGUCAUGUCAAACUAACUUGAUUGCGUUCUACGAAGAAGUAAGCAGAAGUAUAGAUCAGGGUGUUGCAGUGGAUGUGAUCUAUUUGGAUUUUGCCAAAGCAUUUGAUACAGUCCCACACAAUAGAUUAGUGUUCAAACUCAAGGAAAUCGGAUGAAAAUGCUUGUUCUUGGGUAGAACAUUGGCUUAAAAACAGAGUACAAAGAGUUGUCAUUAAUGGUAAAUUUUCAAGCUGGGCAGAGGUGGCAAGUGGUGUCCCUCAGGGGUCUGUUCUGGGAUCCCUUCUAUUUAACAUGUUUAUAAAUGAUCUUGAAGAAAGCAUUGAAAGGCAUGUUUCAGUGUUUGCAAAUUACACAAAACUCUGUAAAAGAAUACAAUGUGAGCAAGAUAUUACUUUGCUGCAGAGGGAUUUAGAUAGACUGGGGGACUGGGCACUCAAAUGGCAGAUGAAAUUUAAUGUUGAAAAAUGCAAAGUUAUGCACUUCGGCGUAAAGAAUACACAAGCAACGUAUACCCUUAAUGGAAGCGAAUUAGGGAUAACCACACACGAAAAGGACUUGAGAAUAGUUAUAGACAACAAACUAUGCAACAAUGUGCAAUGUCAAUCAGCAGUGGUCAAGGCCUGUAAGGCUUUUUCAUGCAUGAAAAAGGGCAUUCAUUCUCGGGCUGAGAAUAUCAUUUUGCCUCUUUAUAAAUCACUGGUAAGACCACAUAUUGAAUAUGCUGUGCAAUUUUGGGCACCUGUUCUUAAGAAGGAUAUUAUGGCACUAGAAAAAGUGCAGAGGUGGGCUACAAAAUUAAUAAAAGGAAUGGAAAAUAUCAGCUAUGAAGAAAGGUUAACAAAUGUAAACCUAUUUAGUUUAGAAAAACGUCGCCUGAGAGGGGAUAUGAUAACAUUAUACAAAUAUAUUCGGGGCCAAUACAAACCAUUGUGUGGAAAUCUAUUCACAAACCGGACUUUACAUAGGAAACGAGGUCAUGCGUUUAGACUGGAAAAAAAGAAGAUUUCGUCUAAGGCAAAGGAAAGUUUUUUUUACUGUAAGAACAAUAAGGAUGUGGAAUUCUCUGCUUGAAGAAGUGCUUUUAUCAGAGGCCAUACAGAUGUUCAAAUGGCUACUAGAUGCAUACUUGCCAAAACAGAAUAUUCAAGGAUAUAAUCUUUCAAUGUAGGGUAAUAACUGCUUGAUCCAAGGAUAAAUCUGACUGCCAUUCUGGGGGCAAGAAGGAAUUUUUUUCUUAGCCUGUUGCAAAAUUGGAAGUUCUUCAAACUGGGUUUUUUUGCCUUCUUUUGGAUCAACAGCAAAAAAUAAAUGUGAGGAAGUCUGAACUUGAUGGACGCAAGUCUUUUUUCAGCUAUGUAACUAUGUAACUCUCUGCUACUUGGUCUUCCCAAUAGCCGUAUUGCCCUGCUACAGUCUGUAAUGAAUGCUGCUGCAAGACUGAUCUUCCUUUCUAGUCGGUCCUCUCACACCUCACCCCUCUGUCAGUCCUUACAUUGCCUUCUUGUAUCCUAUAGGAGUCAAUUCAAACUGCUAACCCAUACUUAUAAAGCACUCAAUAAUCUUAGCCCCUCUUAUAUCUUCUCACAGAGCCAUAGGUAUGCCCCUUCUCAGUCUCUCCGCUCUGCCCGCGACCUUCUUCUGUCCACUGCUCGCACCCGUACGGCCAACUUGCGCUUGCAGGACUUCCUAUGGAAUAGUCUGCCUACUGCCAUCAGACUCUCCCACAGUCUUCAAUCAUUUAAGAAGUGCCUUAAUACCAAUUUCUUUAGGAAAGUCAAUGGCCUCCCAGACUAACCUCUACCUCACAUACCUGUCUCUUGCUCUCUCCUAAAGGGCAGCACUCUACUCUCUCCUCAAGCGCUGCUUCACUCCCACCUAAUUUGACUGCUGUUUCCUGUCCUAAUGUGUUUUAUAGACUGUAAGCUCGUUUGAGCAGGGCCCUCUUCAACCUAUCGUUUCUGUAAGUUUUCUUGUAAUUGUCCUCUUUAUAGUUAAAUCCCCCGUCUUAUAAUAUUGUAAAGCGAUACAGAAUCUGUUGGCACUAUAUAAAUGGCGAUAAUAAUGAUAAUAACUGACUUUUUAGGGGAACUUUCUAGCCUUGGCUUGUAAUGGCAGCUAGACUGGUCAAUAGCAGUAUUUGUGCACACUUUCUUAAAUAAAGUUUUUGUGUUGACUUCACCAUUUUUAAUAAAAAUGUUUAAAUCUAAAAAAUUAAUAGACUCACUACUGUACUCAUGUUAAAGAAAAUCCUCUCUUAUUGUUAUUCAGAUGAUUAAUAAAAGCAUUGGGAGAAUCUUCUGAGCCUCCCCAUAUAAAAAAUAGAUCAUCUAUGUAUGUAAAGUACGAAACCAGAUUUGCUGCCAGGUAUUUGCUGCCCAAAUGGCUUGAAAUUCCCAAUCUGCCAUAAAAAGGGUGGCAUAGCUGGGGGCAGGAAUUACUCUCACAAUUACAAGAUAAAGAUACUUACAAGAAGUUUGCCAGUAACCCUACAUUCCUAAUUAUGCAGCAAGUGGCUGCUAGUGUACAGAGAGGAGGAGAAGCGAAUCAUCUCACUACGGAUCUCCAAAAAAAUCUAAUUCAACAAUCACCCGUGCAUAAGAGCAUAGAUCACCUGCCAGUAGACAUGUGCAAUUCGUUUCAGUCCAAAUAUGAAUUCGGACGAAUUUCGGGCAAUUCGGACAUUCGGGUACUUCCGAAUUGCCGAAGUGCCGAAUUUCAGAGGUCCCGAAGUUCCGAAAUUACCGAAUUUCCGAAGUGCUGAAGUGCCGAAGUUCCGAAGCACAGUAUUGCCUAAGUACUAAUAUACUUACCCAGUGAAAGAAGAAGAAUGUUACAUUGUAUACAAUUUUAAAUAAAAAGUAUGCAAACAUAGACAGGAUUCAGCUGUAAGCAUUUGCAACACUUACAACAAUCAAGUAACACACAUUCAAAUAAAAUGUAAGUUAUUUGGCCAGUCAAUGUAAUGACAGGAAUGAAUAAGUAGAUAUCUCCCUAAUUCCCACAACAUUAGGGAGCUAUCUACUAAAAGGCUGAAAGACCUAAAUUGGUCUUUCAGCCAAAUUUACUAAUAGUAAAAUAGUAAAGAUUACUUAGUAUUAGUAAAUUAUGCCCCUACUCGCUAUACCGCGAGUAGGGGCAUGUCUAUUAAACAGAGAGCAGCCUGUGGCUGCUCACUGUUAAAAAAAAAAAAAAGCCCCCCCCUCUUGAGCGGGGGGACUAAACUAAAGGAGGGACCUAUUGCCCCCCCCGGCCCCCACCCGAGUGGCGGGUGGGGCCCUAAUGUAAAAUAAUGGGGUGGACCCAAUGUCCUUCCCCCUGGCCCUUAUUAGUAUUUAGUAUUUAAGCUUCUUGACCAAAUUAGCUUACCAGACACAACUACCCUCCUGGUGACGUGCAAUGUCAAAAAUAUUUAUACUGUCAUUCCGCACAAGGAUGGUAUUGAUGCCAUGAGGCAGGUUCUACAAAAGUCAUCAGUGUAUUCUGGUCCCCUCCAUAGAAUAUGUAUUACUACUUUUGGAGUUAGUCCUAACCCAGAACUACUUCAGAUUUGAAUAUACCUUGUACCAGCAAACAUCGUGUACAUCCAGUGGCGGAACUACAGCGGUCGCAGCUGCAACUGGGCCUACCAUUACAGGUGGCCCUGCGGACUCCUGAGAUCGCGGUAACAUAUGUUGUGGCCCUGGCCCGCGAGGUAGAACCGCCGGGGCCGCACGUUAAGGGGCCCAUCGGGUGGCCCAUGCUCUUAGGGUCACCUGAUGGAAAUCAAUUUCCUGGGGGCCGGUCAGCGCUGUGGUGCUUUAGCAGUGCGACCAGGCCCCUGAGAUGACAUCACAGCUGGGAGGAAGUGGCUGCCUCGGUCUCUCAACCCAGCUUACACUGGGAGCCGUGCGGGAGGAAGAGAGGACAGAAUCAGAGUGGGACCUCUGACUCCCAUCAGGCUGGGCCACCACUGGACCCCAGGGAAAGCCACCCUCCUGCACCUAAAAGGUAGGAAACAGGAGUGUGACUAAUUUUUUUUGUAUAUGUGUGUGUUUGUUUGUAUGUAUGUAUGUGUUUGUGUAUGUGUGUCUGUAUAAAUGUUUCUCUGUAUGUGUGUGUGUUUGUAUGUGUGUAUGUAUGUGUGUUUAUAUGUACAUGUGUUUGUAUGUAUAUAUGUGUCUGUCUGUCUGUAUAUGUGUGCCUGUAUGUGUGUAUGUGUGUGUCUCUGUAUAUGUGUGUGUCUGCAUGUGUAUCUGUUUGACUGCAUGUGUGUGGGGGAAAUGUAUGGGAGUGUAGACGUAUGGGGGUGUGGUGGGGGGUAGACGUAUGGGAGAUUCCCAGGGCAGAUCAUCAUAUAUGUGCAAAAUUUUUAUAUAUAAAAGUGCAAUCUAAAAGCAAGAAACACUCAAAGUGAUUUAGUGCGUAUAAUUAGUAACAACUUACACUAAAGGCAUUGAUGAAGUAAAAUACAGCUCCAAAUGGGGAACAUAAAAAGGAAACAAAAUAGAUUAAUCUGACUAGGGGUUGACGUCAUCACGAAAACUCCGCCUCCCGGAAGUAUCCCGAUCGAGAGUACAGCCAGCCCUGGAAUGUGUACAACACGAAACACAGAAAAGCCGGCGGUUACACUUAUUCCAGGACGGACUGUUAUCAUAAGGGAUCCGGUGAUAUUUUACCUACAGCAGUGUGUUUUAAGUGUUAUAUUGGAAAUAAAGAUGGUGCUUACCUAUCUAUAUUGGCUACAGUGGAAGUCUGUGUUUUGGGCCAUUACAGUUAGAGCAGACAUUUCUGCUCUAUGUUUGUGAGUUUAUUUCCAAUUUCUUUAGCAUUUUGGUUAUUAUUAUCUUAUAUUAUAUAUGCUAUUUUUUUGUUUCCUUUUUAUGUUCCUCAUUUGGAGCCGUAUUUUACCUCAUCGAUGUCUUUAGUGUAAGUUGUUACUAAUUAUAUGCACUAGAUCACUUUGAGUGUUUGUUGCCUUUUAGAUUGCACUUUUAUGUAUAAAGAUUUUGCACAUAUAUGCUGAUUGUCAGCAUACACUUUGUCACUUUAUGUGAGUAGGGUUGCAUAUUGCACUUUUGUACUGUAUAUGUUGUGCUGCAAAAUGACAACCUAUCUUUUUGAAUAUGCACUUUAAUUUAUAAUAUAGCUAGUCAGUUAGCUAGUGUGUAUGCGUCUGUUCAUGAGAGUGUGUGUGUGUGUCUUAAGCACUUACCUUUCUCCAGCGCCAGACUCCCUUGGCACUGGGGAUCUCUCUGCCCCGAUCCUCCUCUCAGCUCCGAAUGUGCAUGCAUUGUCAGAAUAUUUAUAUCAGCAGACAUUUUGUGCUAAAAAAAAAUUAAAAGUGUAUAUUGCCACAGCCACUCAGAACAAAGCAGACUCCAUUUUGCUAUCUUCAGGAUAACAAAAACACAUAAUUUCCUUGAUUUCUUCUUACUUCUGUAACUAGCCACUUGCUUGAGCUGAGGAAUGUAUUAUAUAAACAAACCAAGAUAAGCAAUGAAGCAAGGGGGAUGGAACGCUCUGUCUAAAAUGUUAAUGGAAUAGAUGCAUAUCUAAACACAGACACUAGUGACAGAGAAGACUAAGUAAUUAAUUUUACAUUCUAAAUCUUAUAAGGCACCAUUGUAAGAAAGGGUUGAAAUUGAGUUUAGAACUGUCAAUUUUACAAGUUACAACCAAGGUAGUUGCCAGUAAGACUGAAACAAAUGCUUUGAACUGACAGCAAAUCUAAGUUAUGGUAGUCAUUUUAGAGAAGCCAAAUGACGUCAAAAUCGUCAUCAGGAAAAGUUAACUCUUUCCUGGAUAGGAAGGUUUCGUUAGGCGAGACUGCCAUUUAUGGAUCAAAUACCUAAAUUGCGUCCCAUAGAUUGCCACACCUACGGCUUCCUAUUGGGUUAUCAACUAAUGACGUACAGAGAGUCUGGCCCUUUAAAAGUUAAGACAAAGGGAAGAGAGGGAGAGUUGGAGUUGGAGACAGAGAUGAAUUGAAGUUUGGGCAUCCAAGUUGGACAUGCAGAGAAAUCCAGGACAAUAUCUGGGACUAACACUCUACCCUUAAACUCCCUUGGACAUAAACUCUUAAACUCUUUAAUACUUUUUCUAUCACUCACGCACCUCCAUACAACCAAUCAAGUUUCUGGGACUACCUACUCAUCUGAUGAGAAUAUCUACAUAACUGGAGAAUAGGAUACUAUAUGCCUAGGAGGAUCUAGCCAGCAUUGAAAGGGUUACUCAGUUGAUCUAACUGUUAGCCACGGUUUUAUGGCCCUUUGCUGUGAAAAGCUUCACUUUUUGUCUGUAAGCAUACCCUCAUAAAUCGUGUAAGUCUUGACAGAAAAUGCUGUUUAGCCAUUGAAACAUGUAUACCCAUUCCAUUGUAUUGCAUAUUAUGUUAUACUAAAUAUUCACUGAUUAUUAUUAUCAUACAUGCUGCCUAAUAUUAUUGUUAAUUAUUGGUCAUAAUAAAUAAAUCUAUUUUUAUAACGCAUUGUGAUCAUUAAUUGUAUGGAAUACUUUUCACUUACAUGAUAAACGAUCUCUAAGAUCUAGGAGAAUUGAAAUAGUGGGCAAUUCUCGCCUGCUUAAAAUUAUCAUCCCAUAAAUAUCCCCACAGCGUGGCAAGAGCCGCGCGCGCAUUCAAACCGCCCAUAGGAAAGCAUUACUCAAUGCGUUCCUAUGGACGUUCAGCGUCUUCUCACUAUGAUUUUCACAGUGAGAAUCGCAGAAGCUCCUCUAGCGGCUGUCAAUGAGACAGCCACUAGAGGCUGGUUAACCCUCAGUGAAACAUAGCAGUUUGAAAACUCUGAAACUGCUAUGUUUUCAGCUGCAGGGUUAAAACUAGAGGGACCUGGCACCCAGACCACUUAAUUGAGCUGAUGUGAUCUGGGUGUCUGUAGUGGUCCUUUAAGUGUAUGUGUAUCUGCAUGCACUGGCACAAACACCGCGGUCCAUGUGUUGUGGCCCCUGCCCGCGCAAAGUAAGUGUGCGCGCGGCGGGGGGGGGGUAGGGCCACGGAUCAGUUUUUGCACCGGGGCCCCAUGGGUUGUGUGUACACCACUGUUUGUAGUGACAGCGAAACCAGCAGCUGCCACAGUAGGAAAUUUAUUUCCACACCUUUCUUUUGCUCUCACCUCCAGAGGCCUCUUUAGAUCUGGUGAGUGUCUGCUGAAAAUUGGCUAACUCCCAAGAAUCUGUUUUCAAUGAUUAUAUAACCAGAGGUGUUGAUUUGCUUAUAUUACCAUGAAUUAUGAAUUGUGAAUUGGAAUUGCAGAUUGUAGAGCUCCUCUGUGCCUGUCAGGUUGUAAUUAUUGUUGGCCUGGUGAUCUGUUGUAUGAUUUAAAUACAUGAUCUGCGUUUAGUGUAAGUUGACAGCUGUGUCUGUGUUAAAAUUCCUCUGCAGGGGUGUGUUGUGUGUUUUUUUUAUUGUUUAUUACACUGUGACAGACUGCUGCCUCAACUUGAGGGUCUAGCUAACCCUGGUAUAAUAAUGGGGAACUCUUAAAGUCUCCCUGGGGAGGAUACAACAGCUCUAGAAAUCGUGAAAAAUCACCAUGGCAAGGAUUCUGUGACAGGCAUUACAUCUAUGCUAAAGAAAGCAGGAAGGACUCCAGAAGGGAGCUUAGAUCCACAAGUAUGGAAUGAACUCAUGGCAAAUUAUAAAGGAUGGCUUGAAGAUAAAAAGUUAACAGAGAAAGCUUAAAAAUGGCAUGAUACUGCAUGAUGCUUCCCUUAAGGAAACUCAGCCCCCUCCGUACCGAGAGAAGGCACACAGUACAGAUGGUAAUACAAAAACUCCACAGGUGUCCACAGUAAACCCAGUCACUGGACACUCUUAUUGGACUUGCCCCACCUGCCAGUAGAAUAAACCUUGGUGGGAAGAGAAGUGCCGUAGCUGUGGUUUCCCUAGACCCCCACAGCAUAUGCUUAUGCCCAUGCAGUUGAAGGGUGGGUUGGUGCCUGCCAGUAGUGGCUCAACUGUGGAUAUUGACCAAUCUGGUGCAAGUGGAAAUGAUGCCCCUAAUCAGGUGUCAACACCUCAAUUAAACCAGUGGUGGGAGUAUAAACCAUGGUCGUCCUCAGACCAACUGGCCAUGUUAAAACAAUUGCCCAAUACCGAGGACUCUCCUGUGCUCCUUGUAAACAUGCUUGAGAGUAUUAGAGACACUUAUAACUGCUCUUGGGGUGAUUUAGAAUCUCUGGUCCAUGCUAAAGCCGGUCCAGUCAUGGUCAGCAUUAUCAUAGAUACUACUGAUGUUGAAAAGGGGAUUUACAAGCUGCUCCACAUAACAGAGACCAACAGUGGUUUUUGAAACAAUAGAUAGAUAGAUAGAUAGACACCUUUCGCCUCAGCAAUUCUAAAGGGAAAAUGCUGCUUAGCACAGUCCUAAAUGUAAAUGAAUAUUGAAUCAGCGCUUGGUGACCAGUAGACAGCUAUAUAUUAAAAAAAGGGGGACAGCCACCUAAGGGUAUGAUGUUCCCUCAAAAACAUCAAUAAAAAAUACACAUGUAAAAAACAGAAAUACUACACAACGGAACGGAUUGCCCCAGUGUCUAAAAGAAAGGAUAUUUUUCUGUUACCGAGCCGGUCCUGAGCCAUUAGACAAAACAAUAGAGUUAAGGGGCACUGGGUUGUCACUGUCCCAUGGUGCAGCAGAAGGAUUUGCAUUCUGAGGAGUCUGAUCCUGGCUAGGAUUAUCUGAGGAGUCUGAUCCUGGCUAGGAUUAUCUGAGCUGGAUUGCUGACGCUGCUAAUUUUGUUUAGGCAGACAGCAGAAAUUUCUCCUAAUGUGUCCUAUUUUUUGCAAUUCCAGCAUACAGGACCAGUACGCUGGCUCUGAUUUGAACGGUGGGGGCUCCUAGACGUCUAUUUUACCAUUAGUCUAGUGGCACCUGCUAUUUUAUCUCCAGAAAGACGGUGGUUGGCUUCAAUACCUUUAGCAACUUUUACAAGGUCAGGGUAAGUUAGGCUACGCCACUUAGGUCUAGCUAUUUUAAGGGCUGUGCUGAGUAGGUGAUGCAAGCCAUCCAUGAAACAGUUAACCAGCUGUCUAGUGGAUAGGGGUUCCUUUCUGAGUAUCUAAGAUUUUUCCACUCGAGGUGUAAAUGGGCAAAGGAUUUUUCAACUGAUUCCCCUUUUUUCUUGGGUAAGAUCUGUGAGUUGGGAUGAAAGGUUGGUGAGCCUGGACUAUGCACAUUUUUCUAAGGCUUUAAUGUAAGGUUCACCAGAUGUGAAAGAAAAAUUGGAUGAUGAUGUUCACAAUACUGUUUGGAUCACAUUUUUCUAAUAUAGUCUAGGACUGUGCUCAUAGGCGUGUGCAGCCUAUUGCAUUAGGGUGUGCACCCUAAAGCACAAACACACGCCGCAUGUGUGUGUGUGUGUGUGUAAGUCAUUGUUUUGCUACAAUAUGUUGAUGAUUUGCUUCAGACCAGGAGUCAUGAUGUUGCACAGACCAGGAGUCAUGUACAAAGCACAGCCUGUCUUUACUAACUUUUUUGGCACCAGCAGGGUGCAAAGCUACCAAAGCCAAACUGCAGGCAUGCACUCCCACUGUUAUCUUUCUGAGAAGAAAGGAAGCUUGCAGUGCAAAAGUUGCCCCUUCCAUGCAGUCUAGCCCAGCUAUGUACUUUCCUUGGCCUAUUCUCCUAUUGUCGCCCAUGGUUUCACUCUGCAGCAAUUAACAUGCAGUCCUUGUAUGACUGCCUCACCCUUGACCCCUUCCAUUUAAUCCCUGAAGCAGAAGAAGCCUUUUACACUUGUAUGCUGCUUGUCACCUCAGCUCCAGCACUGAGUCUACCAGAUUAUAGAAAGCCCUUUUCCAUGUUCUGUACUGAACAGGCAAGCUAUGCUACAGCCGUAAUUACCCAGGAUCAUGGGCAAAAGCAAAAGCCAGUUGCCUAUUAAUCAGCCAGGUUAGACCCUGUUGCUAGAGGUGCCCCUUCCUGUUUUAGGUCAGUAGCUGCUGUCACUGCUCUGCUAGAUAAAGCAACAGACAUUGUUUUAGAUAUAUAUAUAUAUAUAUAUAUAUAUAUAUACACACACACACUGCUGUGUGUGCUGUUAGUGUGCUGUGUGAGGGUGCUGUGUGCUGUUAGUGUGAUGUGUGUGUGAGGGUGCUGUUUGUGUGUGAGGGUGUUUGUGUGUGUGUGUGUGUUUGUCCUGUGAGUGUGCUGUUUGUGUGAGUGUUGUGUAUUUGUGAGGGUGCUGUUUGUGUGUGUGUGUUUGUGAGGGUGCUGUUUGUGUGUGUGUUUUUGUGAGGGUGCUGUUAGUGUGCUGUGUGUGAGGGUGUUGUGUUUUUUUAAAGGUGAUGUGUGUGUUUGUGAGGGUGCGGUAAGUGUACUGUGUGUGUGUGUGAGUUGUAUGUGUGUAGGUGCUGUAUGUUUGGAGGGAUUGUGGAGGUGGGGGCAGAUUAGUAAAUCCUUGCUGUCAUGUGCCAUCCCUGGUGGUCCAGUGAGAGUGAACUCUAGCCUGCGGGGCUAGAGUUAACUCUUGCGAGAUCUGAGCGUUGCCGCAGCAACGCUCAGAUAUCGCGAGAGGAACCUGGUGGAGCUUCUGUCUAGAGCUCCCUGGGUCCUCUCCUGCCUCCCUCCAUGAUGCUGUGGGCCGGUGAGGUAGAUCUUUGGUCUCCCCACCGGCCCAUGGAGGCUUAGAGCAGAGCCGGCAUUCAGAUAGCGCCGGCUCUGCGUGAGCCGACAGGGGAGAUCGGGAUUCCCACCCACCCAAAAAAUUAUAUACACGUGUGUGUGCAUAUAUAUAUAUAUAUAUAUAUGCUGCGUACACACACAGACACACACACAUUCACUCACAGACACACACACUCACAGACACACACACAUUCACAGACACACACUCACACACAUACACUCACAGACACACACACAUUCACACACACAUACACUCACAGACACACACAUUCACAGACACACACUCACACACAGACACACACACAUUCACAGACACACACACAUUCACAGACACACACUCACACACAGACUCACACACAUACACUCACAGACACACACUCACACACAUACAAAUUAUUAUACUUUAAUAAUACAAUGUCCACCCAGCCUCCCUACCUGGAGUGCUGGCAUGGACUUGUCCCUGGGGUCCAGUGGGGCGGGCGCCUCUCUGCAUCUCAGCUGCGGCGAGGGAGCUGUCUGCUCUCUGCUCCCUCUCGCCGCGCGGGCUGUCUGCUGUAGCUGGGAGCUGGAAUAUGACGUCAUAUUCCGGCUCCUGGCAUCAGCGUGCGGCGAGAGGGAGCAGAGAGCAGACAGCUCCCUCGCCGCGGCUGAGAUGCAGAGAGGGGGGUAUCCAUCACCUCUUGCCUUCCCCAUGACAGGGGCAAGAGGUGAGACAGGGGGCGCUGAGUGCCUGCAGGAACAGUGUUACUGCUCAAAAAAAGUGCAGGAAUGCUGUUCCUGCAUGACUCAAACCAUAGGUGUGCCACGGGGAUUAGGGUGUGCCCAGGCACACCCGGCACACCCCGUGCGCACGCCUAUAACUGUGCUAAUGUAAAAAACAGAAAUACUAGGUCGCGCCAGAAAAUAAAAUGAACAACGCGUACUUACAUAAAAUGAAUAAAGUCCUGAUAAAAGGUGUGAAGGUAACAAUAGUCCAAGUUUGAUUGUAGGGAUGAAAAAAGGUUUGGUGAACUUUGUGGAAUCCGAGGUAGUCAGGUGUCCAGAUAUCAUAAGAACAUGCAGAUAAAAGGGAAAUUUAAAUAGUGUAAAACUGUGGUGGAGAGACGAAGGUAAUGGUAAUGGUAGUCCUCUUACUCACCUAUAAUUGCGCUAUGGGCAGCUCAGGAGUGAAUCGCAUUCAGUGGCGUUGAUCCCCCACUGGUAGGAUAUAGGUGUUGGUAGAUGGUACAGGUCCUCGGUGUGGGGAAAGAAAAAAUAAAACCAAAUAGUGCUCUAUAUACCUUUUUUGCAUUCACACACAAGCACAGACAAUACACAUAGACGGUGCUGCCUCAAGGUGCUCAGAGUUCACCUACCAUGUAUAGCAUGGCAAUGGCCCAAAUUCUAGAAGUCAUUGUUUUGCUACAAUAUGUUGAUGAUUUGCUUCAGACCAGGAGUCAUGAUGUUGCCCAGACCAGGAGUCAUGUACAAAGCACAGCCUGUCUUUACUAACUUUUUUGGCACCAGCAGGGUGCAAAGCUACCAAAGCCAAACUACAGGCAUGCACUCCCACUGUUAUCUUUCUGGGAUACUGUAUUUUCCAUGGUACAAAGCAUCUCACAGAAGAAAGGAAGCUUGCAGUGCAAAAGUUGCCCCUUCCAUGCAGUCUAGCCCAGCUAUGUACUUUCCUUGGCCUAGUCUCCUAUUGUCACCCAUGGUUUCACUCUGCAGCAAUUAACAUGCAGUCCUUGUAUGACUGCCUCACCCUUGACCCCUUCCAUUUAAUCCCUGAAGCAGAAGAAGCCUUUUACACUUGUAUGCUGCUUGUCACCUCAGCUCCAGCACUGAGUCUACCAGAUUAUAGAAAGCCCUUUUCCAUGUUCUGUACUGAACAGGCAAGCUAUGCUACAGCCGUAAUUACCCAGGAUCAUGGGCAAAAGCAAAAGCCGGUUGCCUAUUAAUCAGCCAGGUUAGACCCUGUUGCAAGAGGUGCCCCUUCCUGUGUUAGGUCAGUAGCUGCUGUCACUGCUCUGCUAGAUAAAGCAACAGACAUUGUUUUAGACAAUCCAAUUACUAUUUACACUCCUCAUGACAUUAACAGCAUUCUGUCUCAGGUUCAGCCCAAGCACAUACAUACUGCAAGGCAUCUCAGAAUGCAGUGUGCCUUACUUAUGCCCCCAAUGACACUUUAAAGUGGAGCAUGGUAUUAAAUCCAUCUACAUUGCUUCCUAUGGAUUUAAAACAGGGGAGUGGCACAGACCUUUUUUUGAAUUCCUUAUCACCUGAUGAGUUAGUUGAGACCCAGGUACCUCAUGACUGUGCAGCCUUAAUGGCAUAGGAAACUGCAGUUUUUUCGCAUGCCAUUGAUUCACCAUUGUCUAAUCCAGACUUUGAGUAUUUUGUAGAUGGUUCUCGAUUUGCCGAUGAGAAGGGUAACUUUCAUACUGGAUAUCCUGUAGGUAAUUAAAGCAGAACCACUCUCUCCUCACUGCUCUGCACAGGAGGCCGAGCUGAAGGCUUUCACUGAAGCAUGUAAACUGGCCUCAGGUAAGACAGCUAAUAUCUAUACUGACUCUCAGUACGCCUUUGGCAUAGCCCAUGACUUUGGACCUCUUUGGCGUGCCCGAGAUUUUCUCACAUCUGCAGGAACCACCAUCAAGAACUCAUAAGCAGUGAGUGCCCUAAUGGAUGCUAUCCUGCUACCCAAGCAUGUGGGAAUCAUCAAGGUGGCAGCUCACAUGAAGAUCACAGAUGAAGCAUCCCGAGGUAGUCACAGAGCUGAUGUAGCGUCUAAGCAGGUAAAGCUCCUUUAAAGACUAUGACUGUAGCCCAAUCUGUUUCAUAUGACAUACUGCAAAGCCUACAGAAGCAGGCAAGCACAGAAGAACAAGAACAAUGGAAGAAACUGGGAGCAGCAUAUCAGGACACUGACAAGAUGUGGAAGAAAGGUGAGAAACUUUGUCUACCCAAGGUUUUAUACCCAAUACUGGCCCAGGUGGCAAAUGGACCGACACAUCUGUCAAAAAUGAACAUGAUCAGUUUGUAAAUGCACAUUGGAUUGCUCCAGGUUUCACUGUAAUUGAUGUGAAACAUACUCAAAUGAAUGCCUCUCCCUAGCCCUCUUUUCAAUUAGAUUUACUCCACACCUUAAAACACAUCUGUCCCCCUUUGAAAUACUGUUUGGAUGUGCCCCCAAGACAGUACUCUACUUCCCCCAAACCCUCCAGCUGCAGCACAGCACAUCCAUAAAGCUAGAAGGAAAAUCUACUUGGAUUCACGCUAGUCACUGUAAAUUGGUGCCUGAUCCAGAAUGAAGCUACUUUUCAUAUCCUUGUCUACUAUACUGACCUUGACCUUCUGUAUUACCCCUGGGACUAAGUUAACAGAUCAUGCAAACAAAAGUAAAAUGUUUGGGUGGGACUGAGGAAAUUAUGACACGUUUCAGGACAAUUACACCUGCUUUGCCAAAACUAACACGUCCCUCCCCAGCUGCAGACUGGCUCACAUAACAAAAGAUAAUGGACAUUGGUAUAGUUGGGAACGGGGUCAACUGUACCUAAGCAAAGACAUGACUACUUUCAAUGUGACAUGGCUCCAAAAUGUCUCUAUUUCUUGUAGGUUCAUCAACAGCUCAUGCAUGAAAGAGUUCGAUUGGGGAGACCAUGAUGGAAAAACAGUGACUAAGGUAGUGCGAUGUUUGGAAGAGCAACCUGUGACUGUGAAUGCUAGUAUGGUGGUGAACAUGACUGACUGCUACACCUUUGCAUGUACUAACAAUUCAGUAAUACAUGUAUAUACAUGUAAAUAUGGUUGUCACUUGUAACUAAUAUGGGGGUGAAGCCAAGGGUUUCUGCUGACAAUCUGGUCUGUCUGCCAGCUAAAUAUCAGAAUAUUUCUACCAAAGUGGGCCUCAUCCAUGUGAAAUACCACAUACUGUUCCCAGAAAUACUUAAAUGUAAGCCCCACUCCAGACCAAAGAGAGAAUGGCAUGACACUUUGCUAGGGGUUACAGGACCAGCUGCAGGAUUUCUAUGGAUCUAGAGGUAGUGAGAAAUAAAAUAGCAGGUGCAGGCAGAGAUGUAGACAGUGCACUCAAGUUACAAGCCCAAUGGAUGCCUUCCAUAUUUCUUCCCUCAAGCCUAUACCCUACCCUAUAACAACGAGGCUGUUUAACAUGAGUGUGUAUGCAACCCAGCAAAUACUAACCAGUCUCACUGAAUACAUUAAGUAUACUGCUUUGUCUACAAUGCAUAUACACACUUCAGCAAAAAGACACUGCACAAAUGAACCUCCUGAAUCAAAAGGCUUCCACUGCAUGCAAUAUGUUUGGUAAAUGUACUAACCCUUAUAUGUGGCUUAGAAUUGGUACUAACCAACUGUCAGGUAUAGCAUGGCAUGUAAUUUAUCGCCGGAACCCACUUCCGGGUUCACGGCGCUCAGCCCCGCCCCUUUCUCUGACGCGGUCCCUCCACGAUACUUAGGAGGACCGCGCCAGAUUCAAAGGGCUGGAUUAUUCGCACAGGUGCUGCAUGAAGAUCAGCUGCUCUACUUCUGAUCCUACCUGCUCCACUUCUAUACCUCGGCUAGUAAACGGAUUUCUACCUUCUCCACUUCUCGACCUCGGCUUGUAAACGGAUUUCUACCUUCUCCACUCCUAGACCUCGGCUUGUAACUCUGAAUUCUACCUUCUCCACUCCCAGACCUCGGCUUGUUAAAACGGACUUCCCCACUCUCCACUCCUAGUUCUCAGCUUGUUGAAACGGACUUCUAAUUUCUCCUUCAUUGGGUGAAUUAACCCUUCCAGUGCCAGAACUGCCUUUAAGUUAAGUAAUACUUUUACCAAACAAGUCAAUUACUAUUAUUUAUAUUACACAGUAUCUAAAACUCACUAAAGUGUCACUUUGUCUAAUUAUUCCUCUUACUCAUAAGGGAUUGCUACAAAGCCUAAUUUUACCUACAUGGAUAUUUAAAGGUACAGUGACCAUAGUUUCAUACCAAUAUAAAAGGAGGUGAACCUUAUUGUUGUUGCAACCAAGAAAUGCUGCAGUUGAGUUCCAAUUAAAGAAAUAUUACAAAAUAAGUAUUACACCAACAAAGCUGUAAUGAUACAAUGUGCAUAGGCAGCUUUACUGCCUACAGUAUUGAACAAUAUGAUAUGAUGUGUAAAUUCCUUGUGCUUCCAGUUAUCUUUGGUCCACCCCUUUAUACUGCCCAGUCUUGUAUGCUUCAACAUUCUGUAAGUGUGUGUGAUUUGACAGUGUUCCCUAGUCCGAUAGACAUGUAUAUGGAACUCACCCCUUUGUAUAUUUGCCUUACACUUUCUCAGCCAGAUACCAACAAACGUUUGGGAGUCCCUACGCCGUUUGCAGGAUGCUUUCAGAACCUGACAAUGCUCAAGUGGUACAAUUACACGAUAACCUUCAUCCCGGAUGCAGAGUUAAUCAUUACCUCCACAUGGCACCCACAAGCACUGGAUUUGGAUACUCUUUCUGUCUCUCUACAACCCUUAAUUAACAUUGUCAAUAAUACUGACCACCUAGCUAAACAUUUAGCCACCAUUAAACGACCACAUACUCGUUUUCAUGGCACUAUAGUGCCCUGAGGGUGCCCCCAUCCUCAGGGUCCCCCUCCCGCCCGGCUCUGGAAGGGGGAAAGGGGUUAAAAGCUACCUUUUUCCAGCGCUGGGCGGGGAGCUCUCCUCCUCCGAUCCUCCUCCAUUCCGCCCCGUUGGCUGAAUGCGCACGCACGGCAAGAGCUGCGCGCUCAUUCAGCCGGUCGCAUAGGAAAGCAUUUACAAUGCUUUCCUAUGGAUGCUUGCGUGCUCUCACUGUGAAAAUCACAGUGAGACGCACGCAAGCGCCUCUAGCGGCUGUCAAUGAGACAGCCGCUAGAGGCUUUGGGGGAAGGCUUAACCCAUUCUCUGAAACUGCUAUGUUUAUAAAAGAAUGGGUUAAGCCUAGCUGGACCUGGCACCCAGACCACUUCAUUAAGCUGAAGUGGUCUGGGUGCCUAGAGUGGUCCUUUAACCAUUCUUUGCAUGCACUAAAGAAAAGAACUGUCAUAGUUGCUAAUAAACUACACAGCAUAGGUAACAAGAUAGUGGCAGAUACAGGACAUCACUGGUAUGAUAUUUUUACAGGGUGGUCUCCCUCCGCUAAAGGAGUUUUAAACAUAGUACUGCACCCACUAAUUGUUGUGAUAUGUCUUUUCUUUCUUCUUACCUGUUUUAAUCUAUGGAUGCAAAAUUACAAAAUGAGACAUGGAUUUAAUAACACAUAUCAUCCUGUAACCACAGAUAUCUGGACAAGUCUCUUCCUUGAUGGCUCUUUUGGUGUGAGAUGGCAAAGGAACCGAGGUGAAGAUCUAAUUAAAGUCCCACAGGUAUAACUAGUAUAUCUGGAUGUACCUUGCCUAGAACUCUCCCCUGUGGCACCAAAAUAGGGGAAUUGUCAGAGAUAAAAGAUACAUAAAGGGCUACAGGCUUAGCUUUAGUUAAGUUCUUCCACGUCUGCAGGUGUUAAAAAGCUAAAUAGUUUUAUCAGCAGUUUCUGCAGAUGUUUUUUCUGUUUCUUUGCUUUAACCUUGCAUAGUUUAGAUAACACUUUCAAGUAAGCCAUUGUUUCUUUGGUCUUUUUUUUUAUAUAUAUUCUUUAUUUUUGCAGUGCUUAGAUUUAACAUACACGCUUGUAACGCCACGAUAGUGGGUACAAGCCAAUGGAAUAAAACAUGUUGUACAGCAUCAUGGCAAUCAAUUUAACAGCACUUUUUUUUUUUGCGAUAGAUUAAAGAACAAUACGUUGAGACUAGAUGUUAGGUAACCGUUAACAGUUGGUGCACUCUGCAAUGGCAUUUGGAGAGUUAAUGUUGCUGAGGUCUGAUAGAUUAGCCCAGAUUCAGUUUGAAGCUAAAGAUAACAUGAAGUCCCUUUUUAAGCAUUAAUCUGGUACAUGAAGUAUGACAGUGUUAUUUAUGAGAGGAGUGAUAGCAGGUCAUGGAAGAUAAGGACAUAAGGCUUAUUCAGUAUAGACAUUAUUAUUUAUGCUAGGACCUAGCGCCCUGACCUCUAGAUACCAUCAGCACUGCAUAGGUAGUUAAGUGCAAAGAGGAUAUAGUGCUAACAAUCCAGGCAGGGGUUAAUGCAUUUCAGUCACAUAAGAUAGAAUGCCUGAAAUAAAUGCAAGAUCGUAACUGAAAUGCUGAAUAACUAAAAAGUUCACCCUACCUCCUUGGUUAGUGAAAGUCCCAGUGAUCCAUAGUUUGACACUCCGUCUGCUCCGGGCUUGGGUGAGAAUAAGGUUCCCGAUUGUCCGUCUGUGUGUGUCUCCGAUACUGGUGUGCCGGUGCGGUUUAGUGUUUGCUAGGUCUUGAGGUUUCUCCUUCCAGAGGUGCGUGAUGCGCAUCGCGGUGCUCCCCCUUGCGGCUCUCUGCCCAGUGUUACGUGAUAAGCGUUGGUCGUCUUGUGUCUCCGAUAAGUGCCAGAGGGCCGGUCGGGUCCCCGCCGCAGGUGCAAGCAGCACGGUUUGGAAAUUGUUUGCCCCGCAAGGUCAGGCGUGGAACGGUAAGUAUCAGGAGAUGAGCCUUGCAGAGGGCUGUCGCCCUGCUCCUCUUUCACACAAUUCUUGUGCCUGUCAGCAGGUUUGAACCAGAAGUUGGUGAAGAUUUUGUCCAGGCGCCUCAUCAAUGUCUCCAGGCUGUCAUCACAUGGCGUGUCCGCCAUUUUAGUGGUGACUGUACGGGAGGCAUCAGAGUGCAGGGGCUCUUGCUGUGUUGCAGCUGUCCCUUUAGUUUGACGAGUCGAAGAGUGAGUACUGGGAUGUCCCUCACCGGCAGGGGGCGAAAUGGGGGGCCCCUUCACCUUUCCUUGCCCCAGCAGGAUGCUCAGCAGGGAGAUCAGCCGUUUCUCCCUAGCUGCCCCCACAGGUAGGCCUCAGAGCUGCGACGGGGAAAAAUCACCACUUGCGCGACUAAAUGCCUCCAGAUGUGUUGCUGAUUGUCUCCAACCGGAGUUGUCUUGAUUGCUUAAGUGUUGAGUUGCUUUAUUUUGCUCGGUUCUAUAAUUUUGCCGGGAGCUCACACUAUGUGCCUCCGUCUAGCAUGGCGGUCAAGCCCCACCCCCGUCUUACUUUUUUUAUGCACACAUGUGCAGUAGAUUAAUUGCCAUUUUAUAUAUAUGAUGAUCUCCUAUUAAAGAUUGAAAGAAGAUUAUUUUGAACUACAAACAAAGUGAGUCUGUGGUUUUAUUAUUGGUUCUCCCAAGCGCUCAAACACCUAAUUAGGAGCCUCUGUGAUCUCUGGGAUGAUUUAUCCAUCAUCAAUUUUCUAUAUCACAUAUGAAUGUAAUAUACCUCCAUUAAAGUAAUAUGGGGAUCUUAUUAUUAUUAUUAUUAUUGCCAUUUUUAUAGCACCAACAGAUUCCGUAGCUCUUUACAAUAUUAUGAGAGGGGGGAUUUAACUAUAAAUAGGACAAUUACAAGAACACUUACAGGAACAAUAGGUUAAAGGACCCUGCUCAAAUGAGCUUACAGUCUAUAGGAGGUGGGGUAUAAAACACAUUAGAACAGGAAAUAUCAAUCAAACAAGAUGGGAGUGAAGCAGAUCUGGAGAAGAGAGUAGAGUGCUGCUCUUUAGGAGAGAGCAAGAGACAGGUAUGUAAGGUAGAUGCUACUCUGGGAGGCCAUACGCUUUCCUAAUGAAAUGGAUUUUAAGGAACUUCUUAAAGGAUUAAAGGCUAAGAGAGAGUCUGAUGGGGGCAGGCAGGCUUUUCAAUAGGAAGGGAGCUACCCGCGUGAAGUCCUGCAAGCUCGAGUUGCCUGUUAGCACUAUGAAUUGACUCCUAUAGGAUACAGGAAGCCAAUGUAAGGACUGACAGAGGGGUGAGGUGUGAGAGGACCGACUAGAGAGGAAAAUCAGUCUGGCAGCGGCAUUCAUUACAGACUGUAGUGGAGCAAUAUGGCUUUUGGGAAGACCAAUUAGGAGAGGGUUACAAUAACCAUGUGGGAAAUUACUAGAGCAUGGACAAGCUCCUUGGAAGCAUCUUUCAUAAGAAAGGGGCGGAUGCGGGCUAUGUUUUUAAGUUGGAAUCUACAGGAUUUGACAACAUAUUAUUGACCUCACAUAAGAUUUUAAUGUUUACAUUUUUCAGUUUUUUACUUUAAUGUGACAUCUGGCUAGGAAGCGCUGGCCAGUCGACACAUAAUUAACUUUUGCAACGCCAAGGAUUUUAAAUUAUUUUCCUGUUGGCUGCUAGUGCUACCAGCUAGAAGAUAGUUUUUCAGAUUAUUUUAUUUACUUGCAGAAAGCAAGUGAAUGAUAGUUUGCAAAUGUGCAUUUUCAAAUUAGUGUCCUAAGCUAUUUAGGUAGUAGCCUACACCAAACAUAGAUACACUACACUACAUUAACCCACUAGGAUCAACAAAAUAAAUAUACUAUACUAGUAAGGACAGUUAUGUGUAUUUGGCAUUUGUUAAAUGAGUACGAUGCUUUAUUUUGAUAUAUAAUCUUUGCAUGUUGAAUUGUUAUGGCAAAUGUAUUCCACCAUCCAUCGUUAAUGAGUUAAAAAGAGCAUGUUACUACGUGCUGUGCAGAAUUAUUGCUUUAUUUACUUGCAAUACAUGUUGAAAUUAUUUGCAGCACAUUUGUGCAACCUGUUGUAAUGUAAUUCCCUUGCACAACAGAAAUAUAUAUAUAUUUUUUUUUUAAAGCAUGUUAAAUGUUUAAGUGUUUAUUAUCAAGUGACAAAAUGGAUUCCAGCUAUAUAAAAAAAAAAGGAAUCUUAUUAGUAGUGAUUUGGCACAUAGAUUUGUUUUAUUUGGGAUAGUAGUGGGUUUAAUGCAGAGCACUGACAAUUGUAAGUUUUAAUGCACAGUAGCUGAAAUCUAAAAAGAAACUGUGGUUUCUGAGUUUACGGGAUUGAGUGACUUAAAAUUCAGGGCAGGGACUUUUUUUUUUUUUUUUUUUUUACUUCUGUCAGCUGUUAAAGAUUUCUGUGCAUUUCAGAGAGAAAGUCCUUUCUGGGAACGGUGUCACUGAGAAUAUCGUUUCUGUUAGAACCGACACAGUGAAAAGGACCACCGAGUUUCAGUUAAACGUGUCUGGAAAAAAAAUAUUUGUCUCUUCCUGUACCUGGUAAAGAAGACCUCUGCACAUCAUGCAACGUUACCUGCUCACCUGUGCCAUUCUGUUUCUCUAUAUCGCAAUGACCAUGGCAACAGCUACGGUAAAUACAUACAUUUUUUUCUAAUAACAGUAAUGGAUGAAAAAAAAAGUGUAUAUGUAAUAAUUAUUAUGCCAGUUCAAUUUAUAUUGCUCCAUUUAUGUUUUUCUUGAUAUUCCACCCAUGAAUUAUUGCCAAAAAUGCGUGUUGUAUGUAUACAAAUGUAGUUUUCAGUGUGGUCCCGCCAGUUCUAAAAAACAGGUUUGUUUUUUUAUGAAUUACAACAUCUUUAAAGCAACAACAUCCUUUGCAAUAAAAUUGGCAAGCAUGCAAGAAGCUGGACAUUAACACUCCUAAUUCCAAUUAUAGGGGAGCUGUUAUGUCUCUGGAAUUCACACCAUUGAUUAACCUAUUAAAAACCACCAAUAUCUUUUUCAUGUUAAGUAAGUUUAUAUUAUAGAUUUAGCAAAUUAUAUGAUAAUCUAGUUCAGACAAGGCAAUCCAGGGCAAAUGAAUAGGAGAAAUCAAUUUAUCAAAGUGUCAACCACAUUUUCCCAUCUAAGUUUCAGAUAAUUUUGGUGCCAUUUAAUAAAUCUGUCAGAUCUGUUUGUUUUUUUUGUUUUUAAUUUUGCACCCUAACCAUCAUUUGCCCCAUGUUUUUAACAACUCAAUGGCUGGAUGAAUAUUUCCACCACUUUAUUUAAAUGAAAAGUGUCGGAAUUUUUCUGCUGCUAUAAAUUUGGUUGUCUUCUAAAAAAAGAAAUUAGUCACAAAUUUACUACGAAGAAAUUUAAGGAAUGAAUUUAACUGACACAUUUCAGAAAACUCUGAUAAAUAUCCCCAAUGUUUCAGUCCUUUUUUCUAUUCAUGCUUUCUCUAUGCUGACUCCCAGGUGCAAAGAUCAGAGUUUGUUGAAUGAAUUAUAGGUAAUGGAGGCGCUUAGUUGUAAAUUGAAGAGGUGUGGAUUUCUACAUUGAAUUAACAUUUUUACACCUCACAAAUUCAUAUUUGUUAAAUAUAAAAAAAAACAUAGUGUUAUUUACUAAGGUGAGAAUUCAAUUUCAAAUGUGAGGCCAAAGUAGCCGAAUUGAAAGAGAAUUUUUCCACUUUGGUUAUUUUUGAACUUAACUUUGAAAUUCACUUUGCUUUCACUGUGAAUUUACACUUUAGUGAAUGACCCUGAUAAAAACUCCCCUUUAAGAUGGCUAGGUGCUAUUUCACUUUUUUUAUUUAUUGCUUGUAGCAAGUCUCUAAAUUCAUAAUUAAAUAACAAAAUUCAGAUUGUAAGCUCACGGGCUAUCUAGCUAAUCACUUUGUAUAAAAGAGCUUCAAUGGCUAGAUCUCAGUUUAUGGGCAGGGUUCUCUCUACAUUUUGUAUUUGUCUGUGUAUAUUUUAUGUUCUCACCUAAUUGUACAGCACUGCGGAAUAUGUUGGCGCUUUAUAAAGUCCAGUAAUAAAUAAAUAAACAUUUAUUCUUGCUAAAUAAACUAGUAAAUGGCUGUGUAUCACAUAGCAGUAGUCAAACUACACAGAUUAAUAGUUAAAAUGUUAGUUGAUUAAAUAAAAUCUCACAAUGUCUCACAAGGUUUUGGAAUAUUCCAAUAAAAAUAAAGUGUUACUGUAUCUGGAUUGCUGGAUUACUUUAAAAAGUGCAGCAUUAAAAAUGAAAAUCGUUUUUGCAGAAUUUCUACUUUAAUGAAAUGUGAUGAAAACACGACCAGUGCAUGUAUGUUUGAGGACAAAUAUUUGUCUGUUUGUCUGUCUAUUCUAAGCUGAAACAAUUGAGUUUUGGCAUUCACUAGUAGACCUCUGUUGUCCAACUAUGCUACUGAAGGAUUUUCUACCUGCUAGAGCUCUAAAAAGCAUCCAUUGUCCAAAAGCCGGUUUCCACUCUUGAAUGCUAGAAUGGUUUUGAAAUGUAAAAGGUUUUGCCAAACUUAGAACAUCACAUAAUAUAAAACAGCCUGUGUUACUUAAGUAUAAGAAACUAGAACAGCUACAAUUUCUGGGGAAAUUGUGUGAAGUGUUCUUGCCUCCACCAGUAGUCUACAACUGGAGUCGACGCAGUAACUGUUAUUAUUUAUUUAUAUAGCACAUUUAAUUGCAACGUUGUUGUCCAAAGUGCAGUUACAUUAAAACAUACAUUUAUAAAAACAUUAGCAGGUGUACAAAAGGCCCUGUCUAUGACAUCACUUUCUGCUGCAGCCUGGCACAGGUCAGAGUAUUUUGGCGGUUGCCAUCUUCAAACGGUCGUAUUUUAAAAACUAUAACUCCUACAGUGAAGAGCUUUAUAUUGUGAGAAUCACAAGACCCAGACCUACAUUUUGAUGCAUAUAUAUGGUAUGUAUCUGAAGUAUUAAAAAUGAAGGCACAGUCGCAGUUUAGAAAUUGCACUUCAAAUUUGAGCUUUGUAGAGUGAAGUUUCAAUGAAUGUCAAUGGACGGUGUUAGUUGCAAACAAAUGAUUAUAUUGUGAAAACUAUCAGGACUAUGGCUUAGCCGUUGACAUGUUUAGUGGCAGCAGGGAUAGCUGAACGUUUUGAUAUAAGAUUUGUGUAGGUGGGCUUGAAAAUGAGGGAGUGGUGGCAGUUUAGAAAUCAUGUCCUGAUUUUUCAGCUUUUGCCAGCUCCCACUCUAGCUUUGCCAUUCAUUCCUAUGGGACAAAUUGCACCACAAGAACGGCGAUAUUCCGUGAACCUUUCGGCGAAACGUUCCACAAAGUAAUAGCAAUCCGAUCGGGAACAAUCUGCACGUUUUGGUAAAUUUUUGUCUAUGUAGUGUAAAAACUGUGGGAGGAGUUAGGGUGGCAAAUUUGGCUAUAAUAAGAAUAAGAAUAUAUAUGUGAGAUAACAAUAAGUGGUCUUGCUAUGCAAGAACACUUAAUAAUAAUAUAUAUGUGAGAUAACAAUAAGUGGUCUUGCUAUGCAAGAACACUUAAAUAUAUAUGUGAGAUAACUUUAAGUGGUCUUGCUAUGCAAGAACACUUAAAUAUAUGUGAGAUAACAUUAAGUGGUCUUGCUAUGCAAGAACACUUAAUAAUAUAUAUGUGAGAUAACAUUAAGUGGUCUUGCUAUGCAAGAACACUUAAUAAUAAUAAUAAUAUAUGUGAGAUAACAUUAAGUGGUCUUGCUAUGCAAGAACACUUAAUUAAAGUUAACUUGUCAAAAAUCUAGCCUGGAAGAGCUCCUAUUCUCAUCUGGGAGUUAACUAAAAUGUGUAUUGUUUAAGGGAAUGUACAAUGAAACGCACAUUUUAGGCCAAAUUUACAAGCAAUGUCAAGCUAUAUUUGCAACUUGGCUAAUAGUGUCUCAAAUAUGCAAUCCUAUCAACAACUCUCCACCAUUCCCAGUUUAGUGAAUAAAUACAAUGGAGACUCCAAAUGUCUCAUAGAUAGAUAGAUAGAUAGAUAGAUAGAUAGAUACUUUUCGCCUCAGCAAUUCUAAAGAGAAAAUGCUGCUUAGCACAGUCCUAGGCUAUAUUAGAAAAUUGUAUAAAAUGUAAUGUGAUCCAAACAGUAUUGUGAACAUCGUCAUCCAAUUUUUCUUUCACAUCGUAUUUUGUAAUUAAGGUUUUUGGCAGGUUAAUAUACUGAGGUAAUAUGAUGCAAAAUAUAGAUUGCCAGGUAACCUGAGAACUCUGUAUGGACCACACUUGCUUAAAGAUUAGUGCAUGCAAAUGUUGAAUUUUGUAUCACAUGCAGUAAAGGUUGUCUCUCGUCAGGUGUUGUGUUGUCUCUUGCACGUCAGUGUAUCAUUUCAGCAGAAAGUUGGCAGUGGGAACUAAAGAGUACAAAUACCAUGGCUGCUGAAUUUCUGUUAUCACUAGGAUUCCACACUGUAGCGUUGUAUCUGAUGUCCCUUAUCAAUUAGGUUCCUCCCCAUGUAAAAUUUAAAAACACAAUGAAAAAAUAAACAAAUUGCUCGGCUUUUCUUCUGUGCUGAGCCAUGCCUCCAGGUUGAUGGGCCAAUCCAAUGCUCCUCAUAGAGGAACAUUCGGGAAUAAAGGCCUAUGCGUGGCACUCACUGCAAUGCACCUACAAUUUUUCUAUAGAGAAUCAUUGUAUUUAAUCAUUCUCUAUGACCGAACAUGACGGCAUGUGCAUAUGCACAUGAUGUAACCAUGGGCGUCCGCAGGAAUUUUUCCAGGGGGGAGGGGGGCAUAAUUGUAAUGACAUCCAUGCUUGGUACCUUUUUAACAGUGUCAUGAAAGGGAAGGGGCACAGCCAUUAUCACAUAAAGCCAGGGUGAAUAGCGUUUUCACAACUAUGGUGUCAGGAAUAUAUGUUUGUAUUCCUGACACUAUAGUGUUCCUUUAAGCAAAUUAAAGGACCAUUCUGGUCACCAUAACAACUUCACCUAAAUGAAAAUGCUAUGAUGCCAGGAAGCCCCUGGGUGCUCGCUUUCCUUUAAGGGGUUAAAUCGCUCUCAAAUGGUUUAACCUCAAAGGCUUCCUCCAGCUCCAGGUCGCUCAGUGGUAUUUGGCUUCUGAAACAGAGUGUCAGGAAGUGCAGACUGACAUCAGGCAUGGGUGCCGCUGAUUGGCUAGAGUGGACAGUUGACGCUCUAAGCCAAUCGCUAGUUCCCGGUUCAUAAAAUAUUUUAACUUUUUUAUGAAUGGGGAGCUACUGAUUGGCUUAGAGUGCCAGCUGACCGCUCUAGCCAAUCAGCAACACCCCUACCCAAUGGCACUCUGUGCUUCCUGACACUCAGUAAAUAAAAGUGAACACAUUAAUACUGAUAUUUUUUUACCUUUGGAGAUGAGAAGGUCCAGUGUUUCCCUGCCUGGCCCAGGUACCAAAGCCUUAUGAUGUGGUGUCCAGAAUAAAGUGGAGGGUUCACUUCAUUUGUCCUUCCUGCUCCAAUCUCCUUUUCCUCUCCUUCAUUUGACAGUCUUUUUUUUUCUUCUGACACUGUUUUCUAUCCUUGGCCCCUUCUGCUCUUUUACCUUUCUGCUACUUUCUGCUUAUUUUGCGCCCUUCUGCUCCUUUCUCAUUCUGAUCCCUUUCUGCUCCUUGCAGACCCUUUCUGCUCCCAUUUCUACUUUACCUUUGUGCUCCUUGCUGUCCCUUUCUGCUCUUUCUCCUACUUUACCUUUGUGCUCCUUCUGAUUCUUUCUGCUCCUUUACCUUUGUGCUCCUUACUGCUCCUUGCAGGCCCUUCCUGCUCCUUGCAGGCCCUUCCUGCUCAUUCUCCUACUUUAUGUUUGUGCUCCUUCUGCCCCUUCCAGCUCAUUUCUGACCCUUUGUGCUCCUUCUACUUUACCUUUGUGCUGCUUUACCUUCCAGCUCCUUGCUGACCCUUCCUGUUCAUUUCUGUUCCUUUGUGCUCCUUCUCCUACUUUACCUUUUGUGCUCCUUGCUGUCCCUUCCAGCUCCUUGCUGCCCCUUUCUGCUCCUUGAUGUCCCUUCCUGCUCAUUUCUGUUCCUUCUCCUUUUCUCACUUACCUUCCUGCUCCUUGCUGACUCUUCAUGUAGGCUGUCUCCUCCAACCCUCACUUCCAUAGGCGUGCGCACGGGGUGUGUUGGGUGUGCCUGGGCACACCCUAAUCCCUGCGGCACGCCAAUGGAUUGAGACCGGCAGGGGAGAUCUCUGGCUAUCCGAGCGGCGGCUCUAGUCUAAGCCUCCAUGGGCCGGUGGGGAGAUCAAAGUUCUACCUCACCGGUCCACAGCAGCAUGGAGGGAGGCAGCAGAGAACCCGGGCUAGAGUUCACUCUCCACUGAACCACCAGGGAAGGCAGCAGGACUGGGAUAUUAACUAAUCUGCCCCCACUUCCACCCAAACAUACAGCACACACACACACAGCACCUACACACAUACAUCACCCUCGCACACACAGCACCCACACACAUACAACACCCACACACCCAACACACUAACAGCAUCCUCACAAACAAACAAAACCCACACACAGCACCCGCACAGCACCCACAAACAAACAGCACACUCACACACAAACAGCACCCUGACAAACACACAACACCCACACACAGAACACUAACAGGACCCGCACAAACACGCACACACAAACACCCUCUCACACAUACACACACAGCACACUACCAGUUCCCUCACACACAGCACACAAACAGCACUCUCACACACAGCACACUAACAGCACUCUCACAAACACACACAAAAACACAGUCACCCACAUAGCACACUACCAGCACCCUCACACACACACACACACACACAGCAGUGUAUAUAUAUAUAUAUAUAUAUAUACACACACAUACAUACAUAUACAUAUGGCGUGUGUUUGUGAUUUAGGGUGCACACCCUAAUGCAAUAGGCUCACUAAUCUGCUCACUUCCCUAAUCUAUAGGCUGCCCCCCCAAAAUCUAUGGGCUGCUGCCCCCCCCCCAAAUCUAUGGGCUGCUGGGCUGCUGCCCCCCCCAAAUCAAUGGGCUGCUGCCCCCAAAUCUAAAGGCUGCUGCUGACCUCAAAUCUAUAGGCUGCUGCCCCCAAAUCUAAAGGUUGCUGCCCCCCCCCCAAAUCUAUGGGCUGCUGCCCCCAAAUCUAUAGGCUGCUGCCCCCCCCCAAGUCUAUAGGCUAUCUCAAUCCCUCCACCCCAUCCCUCACUCCCCUUAUCUGUAGGCUAUCUUUGCUGGCUGCAUGUGUUGCUCCCCUGCGGUUUCAAUCAGCAGAGAGAAGCAGGGAUAAGAUGCAGCUUCCUAUCCCUACUGGCAGGCGCCGGUAUUGCAGUUCAUUCUAAAUCUCACACGAAAAAUAGCAGAACAAGCUGAAAAAUCCAGGAGGGGGGGGGUGGACGCAAGUGGCCCCCCUUGCCCCCCCCUGCGGACGCCCAUGGAUGUAACGGUAUGUUACGGUAGAAGAGUCAGAAGUGAGAUCCACCUCUCUCAUACCCAAAGGACUUGGAGGCUUGGCUUAAAGUCGCAGUUUCAAGCCUUCUAGUUACCGUAUUUAUCGGCGUAUAACACGCACCGGGGUAUAACACGCACCUCAUUUUAAGAAGGAAAUUUCAGAGAAAAAAAACUUAAAUUUCAAAUAAAGAACUUUUUACCCCCCUUUCUUACUCCCCCCUCCCCCUCCCCUUCUUACUCCCCCUCUUCUUACCCCCCUUUCCCCUUACUCCCCUCUUCUUACUUCCCUUCUCUCCUUCUUACUCCCCCCCUCCUCUCCCUCUCUUCUACUUCUUACCUCUUUCUACUUCCUCUCUUUUCUCUUCCCUUCUUCUACUUCCUUCUACCUCUCCCCUCUAUUUCCUCUUUCUACUCCCUCCUCUCUUACCCGCCUUCUUACUCCCUACUUUACCUCCUGUAGUGUGGCCGAGCGCUCUUGCUGUUCAAGGGCUGCCGGAGGAAGGUGCACGCCAGUGUGUAAUCCUCCUGUGGUCUACCUCCCCUGAACAGAAACUCCCUGUUCCGCGAAUACAGUUUCUUGUUCUGGGCUGGGGGACACCAGUGUAGCACACUGCGCUGGGUUCCUGUCACCCCGCCGCGCCGGGGACAGAGUGUUCGGCUGAGCUCUGGGGAGGGGAGGUGAGAACCAACUGCAGCCGCCUGACCGCUCUUGACAGAGCGCUCAGGCGGCUGCAGCAUUUAAAGGGCCGGCGUAUAACACGCACCCAUAAUUUGCCCCCUAUUUUCAGGGAGAAAAAGUGUGUUAUACGCCGAUAAAUACGGUAGUUUAAUAUUCCAUUUUGGGUUGUAGAAAAAAUGGGUAGGACUGCAGGCACUAUAACAACUUCAAUAAAACACUUUUUACUUUUUAUUUGUGCCAAAGUAGGUGGUCAGUGACACUGGGGAUAUUGUGCUAUUAUAUACUAGCACCUAAGCACACUUUUUUCUUUUUUUGUUUGGUAUACCAACAACUUCAAUAAGAUGAAGUUGUUAAACUGCCGACCAUUGUCCCGUUAAUAGAACUGGAUAGCUCUUGUAAAAUUUUAAAGAUUUUAAAGAUUUUUCUUAUCUUUCUUAAACAAUGAAACACAUGAUCUUAAAAGCUACACCUUAUUUUCUGAGGGGAUUUAUCCCCCUCAUCUCCAGUUUCCUACACCAAUGCAUGAAACUAAAAUUUUUAUUUGGUGACUUUGGGAGCGUUAAUAUCAAAGUGCCUUUAAUUAUGGUUUAUUAUUUGUAGCUUGGGAUUUGUGAACAGACCUUGAAUAUGGUUGCCAGAGAAGUGAAAUGAUGGAAACAGCUUUGAAUACACUCGGAUAACGUAUUCGCAUUCUCUUUUUCAGAGUAAAAAUGAAACCACUGAAAACAGCACCGAAGUACCUGGAACUCAUGCAUCCUUGCUUGCAUUUUUAACUUUCUCUAUCCUGUAUUACAUCCUUGGAAAUUAAUACCAUGAAACAGAAAGAGAGAAAAAUGAAUCUGUUUUACAAUAACCAAGAACUGGUAUUAAGCUAGUCCUAAGUCAAUUGAUGAAAAUCAAGAAACAUCACUCCUUCCAUUCUGGUUUUAAUAACUCUCCAACAUUUACCAAAAUAACCUACACAUCUGUUAACUGUAAACAUAUUUGUCAAAUAAAAAAUUUUUCAUCACCAAGUGGCAGUACAUUAUUUUUUUUAUUUAAUAGCGAGUUGUCUAAAGAUCAGUGCUUUUUUUUUCUUGUAAAGGUUUCCUUGCAAAUUAUCAUAACACCAUAAUUACCCUGAACAUUAAAAUAAACUUCACAAUAAAACUCAAGAGAAGUUCAGCCAUUUAUAAUAAGUCCCAAAAAGAAUAUAUACAAAACCACCAACAGUUUGUGAGUAAGAAAAAAAAGUGGAAGAUCAGGUUGUGCUGUAUAAAAAUAUAUUAUUAUAAAUAGUCCUGUCUCUGGGCUUGAAACACUUAGGCACUCAUUAAUACUAUUUGGAGCAUAUCAGGCCCAUCCCUAUGUAUUCUGGUUAGAGUUUUCACAUUUUCUACAUAUGGGAAAGGCAGGUAAGGUGGGAGACGUUCUAGAAGCUUUUGAGAUGAAAUUCCAAGUCAUAACAGAGGACCAAUAUGCCAGCGACCUUUUUGCUCAUCAGUAUCUUACCAGUAAGUGAAAGCUGAGUCUGUGAAGUGUGCGAUCAUUAAAUAGAUCUGAUAUUGAGGUAUACAGUAAAAUUGAGUUGGGGGACAGAUUCCUUUGUCCAAUUAAUGAGCCACACGCAUACAAACACCAGGACACAGCAACAUUAAGGACCAGUACUUGAGAAAUAAGAAUUCUUUGUGUUUUUGACACCCCAAGUGUAGUAUGUGCGGUCAUCUUAGAACACUUCUACGUCCCAAUGUUGAGUACAUCUAUCCUCUUCCAUUUCCCACACCACUACAUGGUCCGAAUCAUAAC